AUGUUUUGGGAGACCACCAGCUUUCUGUUCAACAACCAACGGGUUGCCGGUCGGGGACUACGGGGGGCCCUACCCAUGUGCCUGGCCCGACCGGCGGAUUGCAAACACGCCGGCACCGCCGGAGCCUCCGUAGGCGGACGGAGGCAUCGCACGGCCGUUGGGAGCGUCACUACGGACUCGUACGACGAAUCGACAGCAGCUUCGGACCAGAUGGGAGACACAAAGUCCGUCCAGUCUCGGUGGGAACACAGCAACCCCAAUCAACCCCCCCAACGUCUCUCCUCUCGCCAUACUUCUCUUCCCAAAUUUAGCCACUUCCGUCCGCACGCGGGACAACCACCAUUAGCUUCAGCCUUAGAUCCAGGGGAACCAGCAGUGAACCGCCAAUCAUCGGGCUGCAACUACGCCCCAAUGAGACAGAUUCUGAGAUGCAAAAUCUCCCAAGACAUCGCCUGCGGCCUACCUCCCAAGACCAGACCUGCCACCACAGCUCUAACCACCCAGAUGGGACUGCCCUGGAUUAACCGUCAUGCGCAGUGGUUUACCCGAACAACUGCCUCUCUGUGGGGUGGGACAUCUCGAACUGUGGGGCCCGGCCGCAUGAAAGCGGCACAGGAUGCGGUUGCAGUUGCAGUUGCAGUUGCAGUUGCGGUUGCGGUUGCGGUAUCGGCAGCAAUGAUCGACGCAAUUCCCCAGAUGCCACCCGGCGGCACGACCGUAGACUUUGUCUGCCUUGAAGCCAUUGAAGCCUCGAGCUCGAGCUCCAACAUCUGA